AUGGGAUAUGAAGAUACUUUAUCAAAUCUUAACGCUUCAGUUCUGGUUUCCUGCAUCCUAGAGAUCCUAGAGACCGAUAACGAAUCGCUUGCUGAGCUUAAGAGCCUUGGUUGUAACGUUCUCACGCAUAUGAUGGACCUUCUGCCACGUAGCUCUGACUUUGUGGUUCCUGUUAUUCCCAGUCUCCUCAACACGAUGUCGUGCAGCUUUGUCGGUGAUAUUUUGGAGCGGGUAAUCAACGUUUUAGAGCAGGUUUCUCGCCGUCACGGUAGAGAAGUUUUGCGUUGUGGCGGGAUCUCGACUGUGAUGAACUUCUACGACUUUGUGACUUUGGCUCAACAUCGCACCAUCCUUACUAUGGUGGCUAAUUGUUUUGCGAGUUUGCGAGCUCACGAAGACAGUGAAGCUGAUUUCGAUUUGGUAGCAGAUACGCUUCCUGGUCUGGCCCAAAGACUGCAUGAGCCAGAGCCACGUUGUGUUGAAAGAGUCUGUACUUGUCUUGCCCGACUCGUUGAAGCGUAUAGAUCGCGCCCAGAUCUACUAAAACGUAUCGCUGUUGAUGCGAACUUAUUCACAAAUUUGCAACAACUUGUGAGUAUUACAUCUUAG